CCGUGGGGCUCAAGCCCCCUCGCAAAAUACGCCGUCCCCGCCGCCUCCCCGUGGCGCGGGCGCGAUGGGGCGGGCCGGGGGGCGGGGCCCGGGGCGGAAGCGGCGCCGUGGCCCAGGUGGUGGGCGGCAUCAUGGCGGCGCCGGGCCCGCGGCUGCGUGUGGCGGCGGCUCUCAGCCUCCUCCUCCUCGCCGGUGCCCAGGCCCUGGCCCCCAGCCACCGCCUCACCGCCCGCGACCUGGCCCGGCUGCGGGCGGCGCUGGAGCGGCCCUUCGCCGACGUGCAGGCCGCCUUCUACUCCAUCGUGGGCCUCGGCAGCCUGGGGGUGCGGGUGGCGGACGAAAAGGCUGCGUGCAAUUUUAUCAAAUCUCAUGUGGACUCCAGCAGUGUUGAUUCCCUCUUCUAUGCUGCACAGUCCAUCCAGGCCCUGUCUGGCUGUGAGGUUACCAUUUCAAAUGAGACCAGGGAGCUGCUGCUUGCAGCUGUCAGUGAGGAUUCCUCCAUCACCCAGAUCUUCCAUGCUGUUGGGGCCCUGAGUGGCUUUGGCCUUCCUUUGGCAUCUCAGGAAGCACUCAGCGCUCUUACUGCUCGUCUUGGCAAAGAAGAAAAUGUGCUGGCAACCAUCCAGGCUUUGGAGACGGCAUCUUACUUGUCCCAGCAGGCAGAUCUAAGUGGCAUUGUUGAGGAGAUAGAGGAUCUUGUUGCUCGUCUGGAUGACUUGGGUGGAGUUUAUCUGCAGUUUGAAGAAGGAAUUGAGACUACUGCACUGUUUGUUGCUGCUGCCUAUAAGCUGUCAGACCAUGUGGGUACAGAGCCAGCAAUGAAGGAGGAUCAAAUUAUCCAGUUAAUGAAUGCAAUUUUUAGCAAGAAAAACUUUGAGACACUCUCGGAGGCUUUCAGCGUUGCUUGUGCUGCAGGUUCUUUAUCCCGGAACCACUACCACUUGCCUGUCAUUGUUGUCCCUGAUGGACCUGCAGCUGUCUCUCACCAUCAGCCCGUACUCAGGCUACAAGUGACCAAUGUUAUGUCCCAGCCACUGACUCAAGCUUCUGUGAAGCUCGACUAUGCCAAGUCUGCAUCUAGCAAAGCCACUGUCCUUCAACAGACAGCAUUUACUCUGUCGGGAGAUGUCUUUGAGCUGAACUUCAUGAAUGUGAAACCUGCAAGUGGAUAUUAUGAUUUCUCUAUCAGCGUUGAUGGAGAUAAGCGAUUUAUUGCUAACAAAGUUGAGCUGAAAGUAAAAGUUUCCACAGAAGUUGGGAUUACUAAUGUAGAUCUUUCUACCGUGGAUAAGGAUCAGAGCAUCGCACCAAAAACAACCAGGGUAGCUUACCCAGCCAAAGCCAAGGGCUCCUUCACUGCUGACAGCCAUCAGAAUUUUGCUUUAUCCUUCCAGCUGAUAGAUGUGAACAGUGGAGCUGAACUUAUCCCUCACCAGACUUUUGUCCGACUUCACAACCAAAAGACUGGCCAGGAGGUAGUGUUUGUUGCAGAACCAGACAGCAAGAAUGUGUACAAGUUUGAGCUGGAUACCUCUGAAAGAAAGACUGAAUUUGACUCUGCCUCUGGUACCUACACUCUUUACUUGAUAAUUGGAGAUGCCACGCUUGAAAAUCCUAUCCUGUGGAAUGUGGCUGAUGUUGUGAUCACAUUCCCAGAAGAGGAUGCGCCAUCCACAGUCCAGUCCAAGGACCUGUUUGUUCCCAAACCUGAAAUCCAGCACCUCUUCAGGGAACCCGAGAAGAGGCCUCCCACUGUGGUAUCAAACACUUUCACAGCACUCAUUCUCUCUCCCCUGCUUUUGCUGCUCAUUCUGUGGAUAAAGAUAGGUGCCAACAUUUCCAACUUCAGCUUUGCUCCCAGCACCAUUGUUUUUCACAUGGGACAUGCUGCAAUGUUAGGACUCAUGUAUGUCUACUGGACUCAGCUCAACAUGUUCCAGACUCUGAAGUACUUGGCCAUUUUGGGUGGCAUCACAUUCCUCGCAGGCAACAGGAUGCUGGCUCAGAAAGCAGUAAAGCGGAUCGCUGCAGAGCAAAGCAGUAGGUUGGCAAAGUAUAGAACGCUGCGGUAAAAGGGGGUUUUGCUAGUGACCAGCUCUUCUAGAAGUAAGGGCCUUUUUGGAAUGCAUUUCCUGGGCACGCUGCCUGUUUCAUUUCACUACAUCACUCCUUGUAUGAAAAGAUACCUGAGCUGAAGCUGCUUCCUUUUGACAUCACUUACUGGGCUUUAAAUCAGUCCUUGGGUGUCCUUGGCUACAGCUGGGUUUGCAUAUUAGCAGUAUGUAUCCUCUGAGACUAAAUUGCUUUUGUUUGAUUUCCGUAAUCAUUUGUAGUCUGUAUGAUAAUAUGUGUGUAUGUGAAUAUGCUGUCUUAAGCAUCAAGCAGCUAUCAGGUGAUGAAAUAAACCUAGUUUAAGCAGUAUUGUUGCUGUAAAUAAGUUAUUAGUAAUGUCAGCUGGAGGAGAACACGAUGAAGAUGGCUGAUAUCUGGGCUGUUCCUGUCCUGCUAUUGGUACUCCCUAUUCCCAUCUGCAGUAUUCUGGUUAUUCAGCUUCCAGGCACUCUGACUGCUGAAUGACAUCCUUGCCUGGGGUGGCAAGAGCUCUGUGUGCAGCAGAGCCAGGUCAGCACCACCUCAUUCAGCUGAGAACAUGACCCAUUUGAGGGUUCAUCCUCCUGUUAGACUGAACUGGUCAUGAUGGCUCAGGCAGCAGCAGCACCCAGCCCCCCCCCCCAUUCAAUACAAUUGUCUAAUAGGUCUCCAUUACCAUUUACCAGUGAAAGUCCUUUGUUUCCUUUCACUCUGAGCAGGUAAGGUCCCAGUUUGCUAUAUCUACUGUGGCGUGGGAGGCAGGACUGCCUGCGGCUCUGCAUGCUGCCCAAUCCUGAAUGUGUGUGUGUGGCUUCAUUUCUCACUCAGUGCACUGUUUUAUUUUGGGGAAGGGACAGAGCAUCUGGGACAAGUCUUGUAAAGAGACUGAAAUCAUUGUAUAGCAUGCUUGCACUGGUACAUCUCAUGAGCGUCUGCUUGCUCUCAUGUUCAUAAUCAGUGCACCAGGCACACACACACACGGUGCAUUGAAUGGAGCUCAGUUUUUGUGGUGCAAAACAAAACCGGCGUGGGUGGCUGUGUCACAGAAACGAUGUGCGCUGUGAUACAAGCUUCUGUCUGCAGAUCAGAUAGUAUGGAGAAUGGUUUCAUGAAAAUUACCUAUGGAGAAUUUGGCAUCACGUCCCAUAGAGAAACACCCUGUUAAUCUCUUCUCUCCCUGGAGUGUUUUGAGUUAUCUGAGCACAGAACAAGCUACGACAGGUAACGGGAGAGGAACUGGAGAUGGCUGUUGUUUGUUCUAGCAGAUGAAUGCUGGCUGCAUCCCGGCUGUGUUUGCUGGUACUGUUCUGGACCCUGGACACUUCUUUAUACCUUAGCUUGGGCCAGUCAUUUUUGGCUUUAGUGGCCUGUUACCAAAUGCCUCAUCAGUGUAUUCUCUAGAGCUUGCAUGUUUUCUGUUUCUCGGCCUCAUAUUUUAACUCCUUAAUUCCCCAUGGGCUGUGAGUAACUCUGGAAGAUCUUGCAAAUAAAUUGUCCACAAACUAACUGUAAGUUAGUUUUUGCUGCAUGUGCAGGCACAAGUGUUUUUCCGUAUUGCUGGGUUUUCUGAUGCCCCAGAUAUGCCAGUGUAUCAUUACCGUCCUAGGGCUGACUGUCAGGUACUCAGCAUCCGUGGCUAUGCCUGUGUCUGGCAUGUUGAAGGCAAAAGGACCUCAAAAAGAUGGGUCUGCUGUGCCCAUGUUAGACUACUUCAUCUUGGGGAUAUGAAGAUCUUUUGUUUGUACAUGGACCAGCUGAUUCCAAGCAGAUAGAUUGGCCCUGUUUAAAGAAGGGUGGUUAAAGCACCUGCAAGCUUUGCAUUCAACCAAUUUUUUGUUCAGUUCUGUAACUUACAAGGCUCAUUCAUCCCUUUUGCACCAGAAAUUAACCUUCAUUUUGUCUGACCAUUUCCAUUCUCCUUGAAAUCAGUCCUCCAUUCCAUUGCAGUACUGGUUUUAUCGCUCUGACAAGCUUCCCUUGACAAAGAAUGAGGGGUCUGGGGACACCUUUACUGUGUAAGGAAGUGCUUUGUUGCCUGGAAGAGUUAACUUUUUGGAUUUUUCUUUCCAGGACACACUAGUACCAGAAGAAAGGAAGAAAUGUGGAAAAACAAAGCAAAUGCCUUCAGAACAGAAUUGAAUAACUAACUGAAAGACCAGAAGAUGGAA